UUAGACAAAGAAGAAGAGUAGGUGGGAAACCCGUGUUGGUUAGUGAACGUAAGAGGCAAUAAAAGAAAAACAUAUUUCAUCAAAAUGCUUCCUCUGUCUCUGCUGAAAACCGCUCAGAACCAUCCAAUGCUGGUGGAGCUGAAGAAUGGAGAGACGUACAAUGGUCACCUGGUCAGCUGUGACAACUGGAUGAACAUCAAUCUGAGAGAAGUCAUCUGCACAUCCAGGGAUGGAGAUAAAUUUUGGAGGAUGCCAGAGUGCUACAUCCGAGGAAGCACUAUCAAGUAUCUGCGGAUUCCCGACGAGAUCAUCGACAUGGUGAAGGAGGAGGUUGUGUCGAAGGGCAGAGGGCGCGGAGGUGCCCAGCAGAACAAACAGCAGGGAAAAGGGCGAGGAGGACCCGGCCGAGGUGUGUUUGGUGGCCGUGGCAGAGGGAUGUCUGGUGGUCCUGGUCGGGGCCAGCAGCAGCAGCAACAGCAGCAGCAACAGCAAAUGCAGCAGCAGCAGGAUAAGAAACCAGGCAAACCGCAGGGGAUGAAAAACCAGCACUGACAUUAUGUGCUGCACCUUUGAUAACACAUUUUGUCGAUAAAAUGAUUCUUACUUCAGUACACAAAGAUAAAGUUAACUCUCGGCUGUUUCUUUCUGCUGUGAUUUUUCAAAGGACUAAUAGUUGCAGAAUGACACGGGGAAGUAUAAGAGAAGCUGUGCUUUGCACUGAGUUUUUGUUUUUAGCAUCUGGAAGAUAGUAUCUUGUUUUUUAUUUGGUUUUGUUUUCUUAAAAUGACUGUAUGCCGGUAAGCAGCUCAGAGAUGGCAGACUCAUCCUUUUUUGUAUUAAAAAAAAAAACAAACAUUUGUUGUAAGAAACAACACUGUAGAAUCCGAAGUUGGAUUGCAUUGAUUGGUACAGUAGAAGGGCUUUUUACUUUCAGCUUUUUUUGGUGGUCGUUUCCUCAGGUGUAGUUUCGUGGUAUCGGAAGCCCCCUUCCCCAAAUUUUGUUGCAUGAACAUGUAUAUAUUUUUAACUUCUCGAUUUCCCUCAUGUUUGUCUCAUUAUGUCGUUUGCAAAUUUUUUUGUCCGUGAGCUACUCUGUAAAACCGGAUCGCAGCAGGUGACCAGCAGGCUGACGGCUGAGAGGAUUCAGUCCCCGAACACUUUUGUCAAAACAUUUGUAAGACAACACAAAAUAGUUAGGAUUUCCAUGAAAAGUUUAACAUUUGUUGUGCUGGUUGUUUCAUUUUAUUUUUGUAACAAAAGACAAUAUUGUAAUUUAUUUACACGAGAACUCAAGAAUAAAACAUGUUUUUUGUUGAAACAGCUAUAAUACUGUA